UUCAACAGCAUGAAUAGUCGAAAUGAUCUCGGCGAACGUAUUGAUUCUCAGCCUGACUUGCGCCGAAUACCAAGCACAUGCGACCUCCCAAGCCUCGUCCUUCCACCUCGCCGGGCCUCUGGUAAGAGCAGAGAAUCCCAGUCCUUCGCAAGACGCUCUAAAAAAAGCGACUCGGAAAACAGCGAUGUCCUUUACAUGAUUCAGGGGAAAAGACCCAAACGACGCGAUCGCUCUCUGUCCUUGAUCAGCAACAACUCUGCUCGCAGAUUGGAUGGACCAUCGGACAAGGACGCAGACUGCGAGGAAUAUAACGCUGAAGAUAAUGAGGCCGAGAAACUCUCUGGGGGCAUUAUCGAUCAGGAAAUAUUUGAGUGGCAGUAUGUGUGUCGCACAGGUCGUCCAUAUUGGUGGUCUCCCGAAUCCAAGUAUAAACGUCUGAAUAGGCUCGGACAGAAUCUGGCAAACAAAACAAACCCACGAACCUGGAGAGAGGUUGACGAUGGGCCAAAGGAAGAAUACACAGCCAGGCGCCGAGCAGUAUCUGACAGUUUUUUAGCUGAUCCGAACACGGUUGAGGAUAUGGCGCAUAUGGUCGCAGUCCGACUCUUGAGCUCAUGUUUUACUCUCCCCCCUGAUCCCAAUACCCGUGUCCCGUCACCAACUUAUAUCAUGUCAACCAAGGACAGAACUCCAAGCCUUCCGGAUUCUCGAAUGAUCAGCUCUCUCAGAAUGCAUACUGGCUAUCGAUACUCACCAUGUUUCGGACACCAAGCUCGGAACACUUCACCUGUACAACCCAGGUCAGGCACGUAUUAUGGACCUUCUCCACAUCCAUCGCCACCGCCCACUGCGCCAGGCGGACAAACUCCAGUCAUUGGGACCUCCGAGCCUUCAUCUAGGCCUCGUAGAAUACAUCGGGCGCUGCACGUCACCGAAGGUUCGGCCACAAGUUGCUCCUUGGAUAGUCACACCGGUGAGUACCUGGCACCGUACGGAGACAAUGUCGAUUUGAAUCCAACAGUCACAGCAACGGCUUGGUAUCGACGACAGGUAGCUGAUGAUGGCCAAAAAAUCUCGGAGGGGGGCCAUGAAGAGGAUUCUACCCGUCCCCCGAAAACCAACGACCGUAUGCAUUCAGCCAUUCGUUCCGAGCCUCACCACGUCCUCAUGCAACCUGUCAAAAAAUUGGUGGUAAAGAGAUGGCGGACUUUUCGACGACGUAUUGGCGGCAGCCUGCAUUCUCAAAUGCCAGCCACUGCAUCCGAGGAGCGAUUCAUAACGUCGAGUUCAGGGGUGUCAAGUCCGAGGAUGAGCAGUGACGCCAAGGAACGAAGACGUCGAGCUCGAGCAAGUGGACAUAUGGACAGUAAUAGCUGCGACAGCACCCCACACUAUAAUUCGCCUGUAAGCGGUCAUCUCAGUCCGAACGAGAGUGGUAUGAGCAGCCCAUUCUCGAUAGAUUCUCGAAACCCGUCUCCAAAAUUUACACCCACUGAUCCCCCUGCCGGGGCGGCAUCGUUGGCAUUGACUGGAGAUCAUGUAAAUGCUGCCCAGGGCCAGCGUUCAAUAUCUCUAGAUCCACCGGCCUCCUUGGAAUCUUCUCACGGUUCUCGAACCCAGAACUCCCCUAAUUUGAUCUCGGUUGGUAGUAUGAACAGCCAGGAAAGAUCGGACAUAGGGCCAGCUCAACAUCCCAACCUGAAUUCGACUUCCUCAAGCCCAUCACCAUCAGUCGUAAGAAGUCAAGCACGGCGGGGGAGGAGGAGUCUGCUUUCCGAGAUGUACACCGCCGAGGAUUUGGUAGAUGACACGAAGGCCAAAGAUGGCGACCAUAAUCUAGAUACAAGCAUUUUAGGCUCUGCUAGUAGCACACUUUGCCCUACAGAACAGACCAAAUCGACCGCGAAUAUGUCGCCACUUCAUCCCAAUGCCGACGCCCGUGGAAGUACGUCGAGUGGAUCUACGCCACGGAAACAAAGACUGUCCCGGACGAGCAUGAGUGGGACCCAAAUCUUUAGGACUGGCGAUGAAGGUGUGGAGAUCGAUGGGUUGCCGGUCGGUCCAAGCAAACAUCUGUGGGAUGGGCGGGGGAAAAGGAGGGAAAGAACGUAUCUGUGAGAAAAUUCACGAGUCUGCAAUCAAGGAUCAUUAGUAGUAAAAGAACUGUAAAGGAUGG